AUGGUACAGAAAGCUAUUGGCCUUGACAGGCUACUGCAGACAAAUGAAAAUCAAUAUCCCAUGUUUGAACCAGUGGAGUGGGCCAAUAGUUUUAUUGAGGUUUAUAAUAUCAAUGAUCAAGCUUCUUUCCAGACUGUCAAAACUGCUGUUCAUCAGAUUACACGAAUGGAACAGUGCAAAAGUGACAUAGAGGUCAUGAUUAGCCUUGUUGGCAAUAACGUGUGUCAUGCCGGGGAGAUUCAUGAAGAAGGCUGUCUGUUUACCAUUAACCACAAGUGCCACUUCCAGGAGGUAUCAGCAGCAGAACAUUACCAUGAGAUAUUCAGUCUGUUCCUGAAACUGAUUCAUGCUGUUGGAGACAGCCUGAAGAACAAGGCAGAUAAGAGGAGGUACAGUGGGCCCAAGUCAAUGGCCAAGAUUAUUACCAAUGUAUUUGGGAAGAGAAGAAAAUCUGUUUAA